CAUCCAUGGAUCGAACACAGUCCACGAGCAGCCUGGCCAGAUAUCUGGAUGGAGAAUUCUGGGAGAUUAAAGAAGCCUUGCGGGAAGAGAUUUCAAAGUGUGAACUGUUUCAGUCCAGCAGCUAAAAGAAAAGCAAAAAGGGUUCAUAGCCAAGAGUCUGGGAAUCACUGAACUCAUCUGCUCAGCGGACAUGGCCACAGGAGUCAAGCUCGGUGUUGUGUGUGGACUGUACGGCGGUGCUGUCACUAAUCUAGGGAGCCCAGAGCAGAAGGUGAAAUUGUAUCAGCCUGUUUCUGAGUUGCAGUUUACAGGCAUGUUUGCAAUGACUGAGAGAGGCCACGGUAGCAACGUACGGGGCAUUCUUACCGAGGCCCGAUAUCAUCAAUCCACACAGGAGUUUAUUAUCCACACACCUUCUGAAGAUGCUCAGAAAAUGUACAUCGGAAAUGCAAUGAAAGGAAACUAUGCUGCUGUAUUUGCUCAACUCAUUAUAAAUGGAGAAUAUCAUGGUCCCCACUGUUUUAUUGUACCAAUCCGUGAUCAGAAUGGAGUCAUGUGGCCGGGAGUGACAGCGACUGACAUGAAGCACAAGGAAGGUCUGCACGGGGUCGACAAUGGCAUUUUGAUAUUUGAUAACGUACGGAUACCACGGGAAAAUCUGCUGAGAAAGUUUGGAUCUGUAUCAGCGGAUGGUGUGUACUCCUCUCCUAUCAUUAGUAGAAGCAGUCGUUUCAAUGCUAUGCUCGCUGCCCUGACACCCACCCGCCUUGGUCUCGCCGUACAGGGCUUGGCUGCUAUGAAGUUGGGACUCAUCAUAGCAGUGCGCUACAGUCACAGUCGCAGACAGUUUGGUCCCAAGGACCAGGAAGAGGUGAAGAUCAUUGAGCACCAAACGCAGCACCUGAGACUGAUGCCACACCUGGCUGCUGCCCUCGCUCUCACCUUCACCACCAGAUACGCAGCAGUUUUGAUGGAUGAUGCGUUGUGUCAGGGUCACGACCUUCAAAGCAACCGCGCUCUGCAAGCGCUCGUGGCUGGACUGAAAGCCUACAGCACGUGGGAAAACCUUGCAUGUUUGCAAGACUGCCGUGAGUGUACCGGCGGGAUGGGCUAUAUGAUGGAAAACCGAAUUCCUUCUCUGAAGUGUGAUUCCGACGUCUUCGUCACGUUUGAGGGCGACAACAUGGUGAUGCUCCAGGUGGUGGUACGAGAGCUGCUGACUCAUCACACCAAACAGAUGGGGGACAACAUGGUAAUGGGACUGAUCCGAAACUGGGCCAGCUCAGCCACAGACAGCCUCAGAACCAGCUUUCUUGGCUUUGGUGUGGACAAAGUUGGAGACCUGAUGUUCUUGCUGAAGGCUGUGAGCUACAGGGAAAGGGUGUUACAACGCAGUCUAGCAAGUCGACUUUAUGCUAAGGUAGAAAAAAACAAAGUUGAGUUUUUCAAGGCCUGGAACUCUUGUCUACAUCAUGUGACCACUUUGGCGAUGGCACACAUACAUAGAGUGACAUUGGAACAGUUUGCUCUGGCCGUUCAAGAAUGCCAAGUCAACGGCGACCGUGCCCUGCUAACCAAGUUCUGCCUUCUUCAUGGCACUUUUCUGGUGUACCAGGAGAGAGCGUGGUAUCUGGAGCACAACUACCUGACGCCCAGGACCAGCAGACAGAUCCGUGGCCAGCUGUUGGAGCUGUGCAGAUCGGUGAAGGACGAUGCAUUGAAGGUGGUCGCUGACUUCAACGUCCCAUCCUGUUGUAUCCAGGCCCCCAUCGCUGGGGUCGCCAACCCCAGGGCGGAAUGGGCCUUCUACGACCAGCCACAGUUUCCCAGAAGCGGCCAGCCUCUGUCUAAGCUCUGAGCGAAUAUAUGAACCCGGAGCAAUGUGCGAGAGGACAACUCACUCUUUUACUAAGAUUCAAAAUCACUUUUGAGUGAUUUCAGGUUGUUUGAAACAGCUUUGCGUUUUAUUUAACAAUGGUUGAGAUAGAGACAUUAUAAGGGGAUGAAAACUGAAUAAAUAUUAAUGGGAGAAAUUGUAACGCUGUAGGAACAGAAGUCCCGUCUUUUGGUUUAAAAGAGCAAAUUACAUUUUAAAAAAUGCUCUACCUAUUUUGUUUACUCUAGAACACGCAUUAGCUGGUCUAGCCUGAAAACAAAGUUUUUAGCGUGAUUUGAGCUAAAAAAGCACAAUUUAUGAUGCCACAGUUGUCUGAUUUUAUUUCUGAUUUGAAAUAUAUAAUCGAAACAUAAUCUUCACAAACAGUUUCGGAUAUUUUCGGACUUCUCCCAAGUAGAUGGGAGUUGCACCGUUAUCAAAAUGUCUGCCUUACAGGGACUGAACUCAUAGUCAGUCAAUGCAAUAGUUCUUAUUUCCCUAAUGUUUUAUGAUCAGGUGUCCUCCUUUGUGCCAAAAAGAAUUGUAAUGUACUACGUUUUACUAGAACAUGCUGCUAAUGGCUAAGGCCAUAAGAGGAUGUCAAAUAAGCAUAACACUACUUUUCUUUACCUUUAAAUGGACAAUUGCAGUUACAUGAAGGCACUUACAAUGGAAGUGAAUGGUGCCAGUCCAUAAACAUUACAAUUAACGUGGUUUCAAAAUUGUAGCCACACGAUGUAAACAUUAUACAUGCAGUCUAAAACUGUAUCCAAUAUUACAACGUUGCAUCCCUGGUAAUCCUGUAAUCAAUUUUAUCUGACUAAAAUCAUGUAAAACAGAGAUUUUAACACACUGAAAUCAUGUUAACACCUCAAAUGUUUACAUCUUGUUGCUAUACUUUUGAAACGAUGUGUAUAUUAAUGUUUAUGGACUGGCCCCAUUCACUUCCAUUGGUGCCCUACUGUAACUGCAUUUGUUUUUAAAUAAACAAGGGACGAGCUGAAAAUCUUUUCUGUGCUUAUCAGUAUUCUGCCACAAAUGUUGUCGAUUGAGCUUAACUUGAAUUGAACCCAGAAUAUUCAUUUAAUACUGCUUCUUUGUGUGUAUGAAGAAGGGAAAUUCAGUUUUAUGCACACUGUGUCUUUCUUAUGGGUUUUAAAAUGAAAUGCUUAAAUAAUUUUAGCUGUAUGGUGUCCAAAUGGGAAAAAAGCGGAAACUUAUUUGCAUUGUAUUGCAUUUAAAGCACUGAACAUCAGUUGCAAAAUAAAUGUAAUUAUGUAAUUUCUUACGAUCUCAUCGCUUUUUCACAACAAAGCGGUUGCUUUUAAAAUGCAGUGGCUGUUUGUGACUUAGAUUUUAAGGUGAGUAAUGCCAAAAGGGAAUUGUUUUGAAUGUAUUGUGCCAACAGAGCCAGAAAGAGUUGAAAUGUCCAUCAUCACACAUAUGCACAGUUGUUAAAUAAUUUAUGCGUAAUUUGUACCUACAGUAUAUUGAGUAAUAGUACACAUUUGGGUUUGGCACUAAAAGUUUAAUGCUACUCUCAUACAGGGGGCGCCUGGGUAGCUCAGCGAGUAUUGACGCUGACUACCAGCCCUGGAGUCACGAGUUCAAAUCCAGGGCGUGCUGAGUGACUCCAGCCAGGUCUCCUAAGCAGCCAAAUUGGGCCGGUUGCUAGGGAGGGUAGAGUCACAUGGGGUAACCUCCUCGUGGUCGCUAUAAUGUGGUUCUCGCUCUCGGUGGGGCGCGUGGUGAGUUGUGCGUGGAUGCCGCGGAGAAUAGCGUGAAGCCUCCACACGCACUACGUCUCCACGGUAACGUGCUCAACAAGCCACGUGAUAAGAUGCGCGGAUUGACGGUCUCAGACGCGGAGGCAACUGAGAUUCGUCCUCCGCCACCCGGAUUGAGUCACUACGCCACCACGAGGACUUAAAGCGCAUUGGGAAUUGGGCAUUCCAAAUUGGGGAGAAAAAAAAAAUAAAAAUAAAAAAAAACAUUUACUCAUACUGUAUGUGUAGUUUGGACAAAUCUUACAAUAAUUUGAUAUAUUAAUUUUACUUAUUUUAAUGUUUGCAUGACUUUGAUUUUAACUGUAUUAAUACAAUUGUUCAAGUGUUUUGCAGUAUUUAAGGUCCUCUCUCUGUUGCUAAUGUAAUUGCAUUUACUGUAGUUAACCUUGUAUACUUCAAACAAGCCAGACUUUGUGGUUUGCAACAGUAUAGUUUGUUUACAUCAAUCUAAUGAACGUAUUUUAUGGUUUUUAAUUAUAAGCUCAGAGAAAACAUUACUGUCUAGUGUGAGCAAUGCAUCUGUUUAUUGAAUUAUCACUACUUAUUAUAGUUCUAAUGUAAAGCCAACUUAAUGUGUGCCCAAAAUGAAUGUGAUCUAAUGUAAUUUGUAAGGUAAAGUUUUAUGAAGAUUAAAUUACAACACUGAUA